CGGGCCGCGCUUGCUUCUCCUCACGGCUUCUCCUCACACGUACUUCUCCUCUCCUACGACGUGCUCCAGGCGGGGAACCAUGAGCUCGGGGGUCAGGGGGCCGAAUCGGAACCUCGUACACCGGGACUGCAAGGCCGGGAUGAUCUUUGACAGAUAGUUACAGAUGAGGCAGAACCGGGUGUUCUCGGUGAACUUCUCAAUCACUGGCAGGGGAGAGGAAACGGGCGCUGAGGGCGGCGCGGGGCGCCCGGAAGGCGCAGGGGCCGGCUCCUCGCGGAGCUGCGUCCGCGCCGCCCGCCGCCAUCGUAGGAGCGGUUCCUUGCAACGCGCCCCGAUUCUGGACUCUGGCGUUCGAGCUGCGCCGUUGCAUCAGGCUACGAAACGCGGGGCCCCUGUCCUUUGGCCUAGAAUCCCGCUCGGCAGGUUGAUGAAGCGGCGGAGGGGGUGGCCGUCCGCGGCCUUCCCAGGGGACUCGGUCUCGGGGCCUCGGAAGCCCCAGAGCGCUGGGCGGAGGGAGAACUCGAAUUCAGAAAGCUGAGGGAACACCGGGCGCGCUGUUGCUCGGGGAUCUGCCCAGACAGUCCUUCUGCAGAACAAAUGCUGAAGAAAGGCUGCCAAAGCUUUUAAGAUCAGAAGAUGCUCUAACUGUCCUCCCCCCCUCUUAAACCCGGCCUGCACUCCACUCGUCUCGCCAGAACUCCGACAGAUCACCCCGCUCUCCUAGCUCAUCACCUCUGAAUCUUAAUGCGAGAGGUGACCGAUGUCCUUUCACAGAAAUCCCCUGCACCAGGUCCCUGAAGACAGACAACUCACAUGAUACUCCCUCGGCAAACAGAGGCGCCAUGUCAGCUCUGAGUGCUGCCCCAUUUCCUGGAUUAUUCUCCCGGCUACUGUGUGUCUCCGGGUACCAAGAGCAGAAGGGUCUACCCAGCAGCCGCUUAGGAACCACGGGCUUUCCCUACCCCAUCCUCUCCCUCACCUAAGAAUACAAAUUCCCAGCCCCAAAUUGAACCCCGUGGAAGAGGAGGAUGGGACACCAGUGUCUGGUCAGACUUAAAAGUCCCAUCAGGUGAGGCCCUUAUCUUUAAGCUGCUGAAAGAGGGAAACCCCAACAUUAGAGAUUUGGUCUAGAUUGACAGCAAAAGGUCAACCGAUUUCUCUGGGCCGGAAGAUAAAUGAAAACUGUCAACCAUCCAUGCUGUUAUCUCACAUCCAAAGUUCCCAGUUCUCUUUCGAAUGCACUCAGGAGCCAACACACUACAUCUGGGAGCUCUUCUUACCUCUCCUCAAGGCAUUCUGGGCGUCUUGAGUCAUGGCGUCAGCUUCAUCCAGGAUCACUAGUUUGAAGCCUUUCCUAGGAAAACAAAUGGUACCAUCUGCAUAUCUCUUCGACCUCAUCUCAACUUCCAGGCCCAACCUACAUUAGUGCCUCGAGGCCCUGCUGGGACAGUCCCUUCCUCCUUGACCUCCGAGCGAAGCAGACAUCUGUGCUCACACAGGGGACACGCCCAUUACUCUCUGCUCUUAAAGGAACUAAGGUCUGACUUCGGCAUGUUUGCUGCAUCGUUUCCUCUGGCAAAUGCACCUUUGUUCUGCGCACGCAAGACAAUCAAUGACAUACUCUGGAGGAAUAAUUAAUUGGCCCGGUCACAGUGAAGAGCACCUCUGGCAUGAGCAGAAUCAUGCUAAUUUUAGCUACCACAACCCACCCAGAGUGAUCCAGAAGUUACCAAGUCUUUAAUACAUUGAGGUAAGAAUACUGGUGGCAGCCAGGUUCUAAGAUCUCUAACAAAAAAAAGAAGUUAAACAUUUUUUUCCCCCGGCAAUAGAUGAUAUUUAGAAUUUUGUAAAUCUAAGUGUAUCAGUCAAAUCUCAGUGGCAAACAGAUGGCAUACUCAAAUUCAGUGAUUUGAAGAGAAUUACAUGAAGCAGUAUUUUAAAAGGUGUUGGUGGGGUGUGGGGAAACCGCAAGGGCUUUGCGAUACCUCUGCAACGACUAGGGCCCAUUACCGACCCCAGGUCUUAGGUGAGUGGGGGAGCGGUGUGGGCACCUAGAGAAGGCUAUGUGAUUUGCCCUGCAGGCGGGGAUGCUGUCAGCCGGUGGUGACCCCCAAGACAGGACGAGGCAUCCUUCCUCUUCCCCUGACUCCAGUCAGGGCCACUAUUGGCCAAACCUAACCAGGAGCCAAAGAACAAGGCAGCCUGCAGUCAAUACAGCACAGCCUUCCAGCGCAAGAACAGGGUGGAGCCACGUGGAGGAGAAAUCUGGACAGGCACAUGGGAGACAGCAAGCUACUUAGCAACCACUCACUGAGUGACCACUGAGUGCUUGAGUAUGAGUUGGCAAAGGCAAAGAAAAAUACCUAGCCCUACAACUGCCCUCUAGCUGAUGCCAACCAAGACCAAAAUGUCUAUUCUAGAUAAAAAGUGACUGGAAAUAUUCUAGGUCUGUUCCUUUCCCCCACCUCCAGUACAGCAACUUAACUUGUGAAGUAAAUCAAAGAAUACUAAAAGUAAGAGACUCGAGUUCUUUGCUGAGUAAGAAUAAUCUUCCUGUUUACCUCCAAGACCAUGGAGCCAAAUUCCUUAUCUUUGUAUAGCUGUUUUGCACAGGCCAGGAUGGUGGAAGUCUUUCCUGUCCCUGGAGGACCAUAGAGGAGCAGGUGGGGCAAACGGUCUUCACUGAUAAAUUUUUGAACUGAGGAAGAAUGAGAGAGCCCAUCAGUUUCAAGAGUUACCUGAUUUACCUUGGGCCCUUGGGGUUGGCCUGAAUGCACUUCAAUCCCAUGUUCAAAUCAGAGACAGAUGCAGGAAAGAAAAAUCCGAAGGACCUAGCUCACAGAGCAACAUUCCAUACAGCUCAGUCAGAUACUUCGAGGUUAUUACUCAGCAGAGACAUAACCAAGAAAUUUAUACAAGUCUUCCAACUAGAAUGACAGCAACUGACACAUGGAUGCUUACUGGUACUCAAAAUGUCCUGAUGAGAAAUCAGAUCAUUCAGCGUCUGUGGCCGGUAUUUUUCAACCCUGAAAGACAAUUUAGCAGGGAUUACAAUAUAUACCAAUGCAAGAACACACUGUUAUGUGCAAAAGAAUCCUUUCCUACCCUAAUGAAAAGAGGAAGAGAAACAAAAUCCUCUAAGUUUGAAUACAGACCACUGGUUCUCAACCAGAGCAAACUGAACUCAAGAGACAAGACCGACCAACUUGGAGCUUUCAGAAGAACUCAAGCUGAAUCCCAUCAGUUUCUAAAACACCAUCCAGAUGCAGCCGUGGAAGUAGGAUGCUCAAGAGGGCAAGCUCUGAUUUCACCUGGAUGCAAAUCCCAACCUAUUUUCCUGCUCUGGACCUCAGGAAGCCAUUUAAAUACAACUCGACUGGGGAGCAUUAUUAGGACCGUUGUCCUUUCCGUUGAGAAUUUGAGCAACAUUGCCUGAGGAUUCCGGCAAGGGUGGAGAGACUACUUUGGCCCGAGGCCGAUGCAAAGUCAGAAGAGGAGGGACUGAAACCUCUACGCUGUCACCCAGUGAAUACCAGGAAUGGGGGCGGUGGGGGUGGGGCAGCGGGAAGACCUGGAAAAGGCCUAAAAGAACGGAGGGCGCUGGGGGUGUCAAGGCGAAAUUCUGGGGCUCCGGCCGGCCGCAGGUCGGGGGCGGUCGGGCGAGGUCACCGGUCCCCUUUCCCGCGGCUGCCGGGCCUCCUCCUACCAGGGCAGGUUUCUGAUCUUGGCCGCCGCGGGCUGCUGCUCCUGCUGCGCUGAGGUCUCCAUGGCGCGGUGAGAGAGGCGUCCGGGCCCGCCCGCGUCGUCGCGGCCCCCGCGGUCCCGCACAGCUACCCGCCGCGAGCCGACCCCGGCCGGGACCCUGGCUCUCAGAGUUCGCGCGCAAAAGCAACUCUCGCGAGAUGUAGCCUCCUGCUUCCGACUUCCUCCCUGGGUCCCGCCCCCUCUCUGUUGCCAAGGGGUCGGUUACCAGGUUACCGGGAGGCGCCGGCCGCACGCCUCCCUCGGAGUCCGCCCUUCCAGCCCCCGCUGCCCUCCCGCGCGCGCGACGGAGCUUCCCGGGCCCCGGGAACCCGGGAAGCUAGAGAGGCGAGGCCAUCCCCUGCAGCCGCCAGUCGUCUUUACAAACUAAGUGUCACGGCCAGAGCCAAUUCCAGCUACCAGCAAAGUUCAAACCCUCACCGUUCAGAGGAACAGAGAGCGUCCAGCCCUAAAAAACAAGACAAACAAACCCGAGGAUAAAACAACCGCGAUUCCCUAGGAAAAAAGACUCCAAAAAACCUUUUGGCCCCAAAGCUGGGAGCACUUUCCACCCACCCUAUUUGUGUUUCAAAUGUUUCCUCUCAAGCAAAAGCCUACUCAAGAAUUGGCUGGUGUGACGAUGCCCACCAGGGUCGGUUUUAUGUGUUGACGUGACUGGACUCUGGACGCCCAGGAAGCUGUCAGAGAUGGGGGUGCUGGAAGCUGAGCUAAUACUGCCACGAGUUGCAGACAGCUGUGGUGGGGUGGGAAGAGGAGGCACAUUCUGCUUUUACUGACCAGACAAAUGGCCCACAGAUGCUUUUUUAUACUGUUGGAGAGCUUGGUGGAGGAGUUCACCAGCAGAAGCACAUGGAAAAUGCAUGGCCAGGAUGUCAGCAAUUGCGUCACGGUUGCACUCUGGAAAGGGGUGAUCACUUUGAACAAUGCACACGUGUUCACAUGACAAACCAUUAAGACUCCAGCCUGGGUGCCCAGACCUGGGAGGAGAGGGGCAUGUCCUAAAUCCAGACUGUGUUCUGCCCCCAAGCUGCGACCCCUGGUACCUGAGCAGAGCACCUGCUUGCUUCAGAUUCACCCUUUAGGAAAAUGCAGAGCUUCGCAGACAAGAUGGUGUAAAAAGUAAGCAAGUUUGGUCGAUGGCAUCACUUUCAGAACAACUAGAAAAGCCAAAUCAAAUCAUCAUCAUCAUCAUCACCAUCAUCACCAUCAUCAUCAUCAUCAUCUACUUAAAGGCAUUCAGAAAGCUGCUGAAUCAACCAGAACUAGAGGGGCCAAAAUUCUGAAACAAUGUUGAGUAACAAGAAAGAACAAACGAACAAAAAGACAAACAGAUGCGCACACACACAGGGCUCAGGGAAGAUGAUCAGGUCCCUCGCUCGCUCUCCAUCCCUCGCCGGCGCUCCCCCCCCCGCCCGCGCUUUGAUUGACAGGCAAGAUGUCGGUGCGGAGCGAGGCAGGAGCGAAUGCAGCAGCCGUCACCCCCGGAGCCCGGCGGCGGCAGCAGCAGCAGCAGCAGCAGCGCGAGGAGGAGACAGCAGCCAGCCGCAGUCGCCGCCGCAGCCGCGCGAGCCAUGCAGACCGCAUCUUGAGGACGCGCUAAAGCACCCCAAACGGCGGACAAUGCCGUGUCACUGCAACUGGGAGGGGGGCAAAGCAGAAUUUUUUUGACAUAAAAGCCAGCCAGCCAAAAAUAUAUACAUUUGUCCUUCACGGAGCCGGUGUGUAAAGAGUGAGCGCUGUUUUCCUUCGCCUCCUCCUCUCCUCCUCCUCCUCUUCCCCCCCUCCUCCUCUUUUUCCUCCUCCUCCUCCUCCUCCUCCUCCUCCUCCUCCUCCUCCUCCUCCUCCUCCUCCUCCUCCUCCCUAAGUGUACAGACAGCAUCACAUCACCUGGUUUGCUUCUGAGAAACAGCAUCUCUCCUUUUCAGGGACCAGAGACUCAGAGAGAGAGGAGACAUUCUAAUGGAGUCUGCCUGAUACCCCAAAAUAAAAUAAUAAAUUUUGGCUCUCGUCCCCUCCUCCCACCCCACCCCCUCAACCCUGUGUGAGAUGUUGGGUUUCUUCUACAUGAGACAUUGUUGAGAAGUCGCAGUGGUUGGAGAGCGUAGGGGGUAGACUACCUCUACUCCCCCCCCCCCUUUUUUCUCUCUGGGAGGAGGAGGAGGGGAAGGGGGCUUGCCGAGCAAGCGAUGGAUGAGGAAAACAUGACGAAAAGCGAGGAGCAGCAGCCUCUGAGUUUGCAAAAAGCCUUACAGCAGUGCGAGUUGGUCCAAAACAUGAUAGACCUGAGCAUCUCCAACCUGGAAGGGCUUAGGACCAAAUGUGCCACCUCCAACGACCUCACACAAAAAGAGAUCCGGACCCUGGAGAGCAAGCUGGUAAAGUACUUCAGCCGACAGCUGUCCUGCAAAAAGAAGGUGGCCCUGCAGGAGCGCAACGCCGAGCUGGAUGGCUUCCCCCAGCUUCGACACUGGUUCCGGAUCGUCGAUGUGCGCAAGGAAGUCCUGGAGGAAAUCACCCCCGGCCAGCUGAGUCUGGAGGACCUCUUGGAGAUGACAGAUGAGCAGGUGUGUGAGACCGUGGAGAAAUACGGAGCCAACCGGGAGGAGUGUGCCCGUCUCAAUGCCUCCCUGUCCUGUCUCCGGAAUGUCCAUAUGUCAGGAGGCAACCUUUCCAAACAAGACUGGACCAUCCAGUGGCCCACCACGGAAACGGGGAAGGAGAACAACCCUGUGUGCCCCCCGGAGCCCACCCCGUGGAUCCGCACCCACCUCUCCCAGAGCCCCAGGGUCCAGACCAAGUGUGUCCAGCACUACUGUCAUGCCAGCCCCUCACCCGGGGCCCCCGUGUACACUCACAUGGACAGGCUAACUGUGGAUGCCUACCCGGGUCUGUGCCCGCCACCACCACUGGAAUCAGGCCACCGCUCCCUGCCCCCGUCGCCCCGGCAGCGGCACGCGGUCCGCACCCCGCCACGCACCCCCAAUAUCGUCACCACCGUGACCCCACCUGGCACACCACCCAUGAGGAGGAAGAACAAGCUGAAGCCCCCAGGGACCCCACCGCCUUCCUCCCGGAAGCUGAUCCACCUGAUUCCAGGUUUCACUGCCCUGCAUCGAAGCAAGUCUCACGAAUUCCAGCUGGGUCACCGUGUAGAUGAGGUCCACACUCCCAAAGCCAAGAAGAAAAGCAAACCAUUGAACCUCAAGAUUCACAGCAGCGUGGGCAGCUGUGAGAACAUUCCUUCUCAGCAGCGCUCCCCACUCCUGUCCGAGCGCUCCCUCCGCUCCUUCUUUGUGGGACAUGCACCUUUCCUGCCCUCCACCCCUCCUGUCCACACCGAGGCCAACUUCUCUGCAAACACACUGUCCGUGCCGCGCUGGUCCCCGCAGAUCCCUCGCAGAGACCUCGGCAACUCCAUCAAGCACAGGUUUUCCACCAAGUACUGGAUGUCUCAGACAUGCACAGUCUGUGGGAAAGGAAUGCUUUUUGGCCUCAAGUGUAAAAAUUGCAAGUUAAAGUGCCACAACAAAUGCACCAAAGAAGCCCCUCCCUGUCAUCUCCUGAUCAUCCACCGAGGAGAUCCAGCAAGGUUAGUCCGAACAGAGUCCGUCCCAUGUGACAUCAACAACCCUCUACGAAAGCCACCCCGGUAUUCGGACCUGCACAUCAGUCAGACGCUCCCCAAAACCAACAAAAUCAGCAAGGACCACAUCCCUGUCCCUUACCAGCCAGACUCUAGCAGCAAUCCCUCAUCCACCACGUCCUCCACACCCUCCUCGCCAGCACCGCCGCUCCCUCCCAGCGCCACACCGCCUUCUCCCCUGCACCCUUCCCCGCAGUGCAUGAGGCAGCAGAAGAACUUCAACCUGCCAGCAUCCCACUACUACAAAUACAAGCAGCAGUUCAUCUUCCCAGAUGUUGUGCCGGUGCCAGAGACGCCGACCCGGGCACCCCAGGUCAUCCUGCAUCCAGUGACCUCGAAUCCAAUCUUGGAAGGAAAUCCAUUACUUCAAAUUGAAGUGGAGCCAACCUCAGAGAAUGAAGAGGGCCACGAUGAGGCCGAGGAGUCGGAGGAUGAAUUUGAGGAGAUGAACCUGUCCCUGCUCUCAGCCAGGAGCUUCCCACGCAAGGCCAGCCAGACCAGCAUCUUCCUGCAGGAGUGGGACAUCCCUUUUGAGCAGCUGGAGAUCGGCGAGCUCAUUGGCAAGGGCCGCUUUGGGCAGGUAUACCAUGGCCGCUGGCAUGGCGAGGUGGCCAUCCGGCUGAUCGACAUCGAGAGGGACAACGAGGAACAGCUAAAGGCCUUCAAGCGAGAGGUGAUGGCCUACAGGCAGACGCGGCAUGAGAACGUGGUGCUCUUCAUGGGCGCCUGCAUGAGCCCACCUCACCUGGCCAUCAUCACCAGCCUCUGUAAGGGACGGACGCUCUAUUCUGUGGUGAGGGAUGCCAAAAUCGUCUUGGAUGUCAACAAAACGAGGCAGAUUGCCCAAGAAAUUGUGAAGGGCAUGGGCUACCUCCACGCAAAGGGGAUCCUUCACAAGGACCUCAAGUCAAAGAAUGUCUUCUAUGACAAUGGCAAAGUGGUGAUCACAGACUUCGGGCUCUUCAGCAUUUCUGGGGUGCUGCAGGCUGGCAGGAGGGAGGACAAGCUGCGCAUCCAGAAUGGCUGGCUGUGCCACCUGGCACCAGAGAUCAUCCGCCAGCUGUCUCCUGACACGGAAGAGGACAAGCUCCCCUUCUCCAAGCAUUCAGAUGUCUUUGCACUCGGCACAAUUUGGUAUGAACUCCAUGCCAGGGAGUGGCCUUUCAAGACCCAACCAGCAGAGGCAAUAAUCUGGCAAAUGGGCACAGGCAUGAAACCCAACCUCAGCCAGAUCGGCAUGGGAAAAGAAAUCUCGGACAUUCUUCUCUUUUGCUGGGCCUUUGAACAAGAAGAAAGACCUACAUUCACUAAGCUCAUGGACAUGCUGGAGAAACUGCCAAAGCGAAACCGCCGCCUUUCUCACCCUGGACAUUUCUGGAAGUCUGCAGAGCUGUGACCAUUGGACAAAGGGACAGCACUCAGCUGCCUCAGCCCCCGAGCCACCUCUCCUUCCCUGCUCUGCCCUCUGCCAGCUCAGGAGACCAGAGGCUCACCAUCAGAGGGUACCGACCCCGGCCGGCCUGGGAGCACUGCACGACCCUGCUCGGCAGCUUCCCCACGCCCCAGACCCGUGCCCUUUUGCCUGGGCAGGGUUGGGGACCCCUGAGCUAGGACUUACCGAGACCAGCCAGGGAGACGCGGGAUUGAUCCAUGAGGUCCAGGGGCGGUGUAGAGAAGAGACCUGGAGGCUGCACGUAGAGCCCCUGGGCCACGGAGAUGAGGGCAGGAGGCCCACGUGGGCAGGCUUGCAGGACCGGUCUGUGCGUGCCUACAUGUGUGUGUCUGUGCGCGACAUCGUCUGCUCUCUAUCCCCCUUGACAAGCAAGAGCCAGGCUGCUCCAGUCCUGGAGUUCCCCUCGGCUGACUCGGUCCCUGGGUGGCGGGUUCCAGCUGUGCUCUGGAAAGAUGGGGUGGGUGGGGAGCUGAGCUCUGACUUCAUGGAGGCCACGGGGCCAAGACCUAGGUCGGAGGGGGGCUCAGCUGUUCCUUUGUAAACCUCUGCUCUCAGAAGUCCCCACCCAAUCCUGUCAUGGUCUGUGGUCCCUUUGCACAUAGCUCCAAAGUGCACAAAACAGUCUUGCAUGUCUUUGAAUUCUGGGUCUCUCUGGGGUAUGGUUCCCCAUUUCUGCCACCUUCUCCUGUUCUGUAAGAGCACCGUCCCUUUUGGCUUCACUGCCCCCAUGCUCCCCUGCCGUUCGAAAAGCACAGUGGCUUCCUGGCCAAGAUGACUUCUGGGGGCUCCUUGCAGCUCACCUUCAUCCUUGACACCCCCUGAAGUCUGGGCCAUGAGAACUGGGAGGUCUGGGAAGUUCUAGAAUGUUCCUUUUUCCUCUUCCUGCUCUAGCAUCGACACCAGCUAAGUUUGUCCACCACAGCGAUGGAUGCGGGUCCCUGAUAUACAUGUGUUGGAUUAUAUGGCAUAUGUGCGGCAUCUUGUUUGCAAAGGACCCCCAGCUCCUUUCACCCUUAAUAAGUCCUGUUGGGGAGGUGAGGAGGGAAGCUGUAGAGGUUCACGCUCUCAGCUCCAGCCUGGUAUGGAGUCCUGGAGUGGCUUUCCUGGGAGAGGUCUGUCUGUGCUUGCUCAGUGCCCAUGCCUUCCAUCCCUCCCUCUUGCUCCCUCCUGGGCUGGUGGCUUUUCCCAGCCACCUUGGGACCAAGUGUUGUGCACAAAGGAUCUAGGAAGCAGGUCGGGCAUGCAGAGUAGUGCAGUGAGCCUCUGUCUUAUGUUCUUAUGUUCCAUCCCAUAUGAGGGUAUGUCUUAUGUUCCCAAAGUCCAUCUGACUUGGCUCCAAAAGGAAACCUGUCCCCCAGCAGGGCAGUAGCAGAGCAGCUGGGUAGUAGCCAGGAUGCCCAGGGUCAGCCCACAGCAUCUCUGUCCUCCCUGGGCAUUGCCCAGGCUUGGUUUUCUUCUGGUCACCACCUUAUCCUGACAUCCAUCCCCCUCCCAGAAAGGGGACCUAAGACUUCAGAAAUCCUACCUGAGCUCAGACUCAACAUCCCACCUGAUGUAAGGGAUGUGAGGAGGUCUUCCCCAUGUUGGGUGAUCCCCUGACGAAUUCAUGCUCUGGGGGCCAAGCCACUUCCAAACUGGGAAAAAUGAUGAGAUAGUCAUGCUUUUGGAGACUCUGUCCAGGGGAUACUCAUGAGCCUCCCAGAGGACCCUCCUGAAUGGGCUCCCUACCUGCACAGGACCAGAGACUAAAGGCCCCUGCGAGGGCUGUUCCUAAGUGGAUGUACCUCUUCUGGGGACUCCUAUAACUGGGGCUCUUGACUCAACAUUCGUGUAUCUUGGAGUCAACAGUGGGUUUUUUACACACCUGCACAAAUCCUGGCAAGCCCCCUUGCGGACCAACCCCGAACAUGGGCACGGGCCUGCCUAGCUGCUUCCCAGAGGCCUGAAAUCCAAUCCUGCCUUCCCUUUAAUCCAACCAGGACUUCUGGGGUCUGCGGACCGCAGCCUUUGUUGUGGACCGGGGUGCAGGAAAUGGGGAAACGGAAGGAGCAGACAGGACACAGGUACCCUGAAGCCGAAAUGCUCACCAGGAUAGCAACUUGCUCCAUCCUGCGGCUCCCAUUUCCAUAAUUCACUGACAUGGCAACCCAGAGCCUUUGGCAAGA